CGGCAGAUUGUGAUUUGCUGGGCUCAGCCCUCCCUCUUUGGUGGUAACUUAUUACCGGAGUUUUUUUUUUUCUUUUCCUUUUUUUUUGGCUGAGCGGCUCUCCUCUGACAUCAAUGUGAGCGCUACAAUCCACAGAGUCGAGUACGAAACUGUCUUUUCGUACUUCCUGUCUGGGAACCGUUGACACUGUUCGAGUCGACGCUGUGAACGCACGCGCUCCUCAAACUGUGGAGUAAAAAAAAGAAAGAAAAAUGUCGGGAAACAAGGAGAGCGACGGCGGCUGGAGGAAAUUUAUGUGGAAUUCAGAAAAAGGAGAGUUUCUGGGACGAACAGGAUGCAGUUGGUUUAAAAUCUUCUUGUUCUACGUGAUAUUCUACGGAUGCUUGGCUGGAAUUUUCAUCGGGACCAUUCAAGCCAUGCUGCUAACCCUGAGCGACUAUAAGCCCACCUAUCAGGACCGAGUCGCCCCCCCAGGCCUGUCACACACUCCCCGCUCAGAGAAAUCUGAGAUUUAUUUCAAAAUGUCUGACAACAGUACAUAUAAGAAGUACGUGGACAGCAUGAAUGAGCUCCUUCGAAACUACGACGAGGGACGUCAGACUAAACAGCUGAAGUUUGAUACCUGUGGAGAGGAUCCACUCACAUACAGGGAUCAAGGCACGCUGGAAAACAGCCUCGGACAGAGGUCGUCUUGCACCUUUCCUAGAAAAUGGCUUGGAGAUUGUUCCGGUUUGACUGACAGUACCUACGGCUUCAAAGAGGGGAAACCGUGCCUUAUCGUCAAGCUCAACAGGAUCGUCUACUUCAAACCCCGGGGUCCCUCUGACAACUCGACGCUCCCAGAGGCUCUGCAGGGCAGAUCCUACCAAAACCUGAUCCCCGUUCACUGCAAGAACAAGAGACCCGAGGACGCAUCCAAGAUUGGAGAAAUCAAGUACUUUGGCUUCAACGGGGGCUUCCCUCUGCAGUACUACCCAUACUACGGCAAGCAGCUGCAUCCCCACUAUCUGCAGCCCCUGGUGGCCAUCCAGUUCACCAACCUCACCAUCGGCGAGGAGCUGCGCAUCGACUGCAGGGCAUACGGAGACAACAUCAAGUACAGCGAAAAAGACCGUUAUCAGGGACGCUUCGACGUUAAGAUCACAGUGAACUCAUGACCUCGGCCAUGACAAGCACUCUCACUGAAAGCAAACGAAACCUAGUUAGUAAUGAAAAAGUUCAGAUAAACACCACUAGUCUUUGAACAUUCAUAAUAUACAGGACCUACACCUAAUUCGUGUGCUUUACACUCGCUUAUCCGUGUUUUUGUCGCAACUUAGAGAGUUAAAUACAAGAAUAGCAAUAGAUGAUAUUUAUUCUACUGUAAAAGAAAAUAUUCUUUGAGCCAUGGGAUGUUCGAUUACUGUAUAAAACUGCAAUUCCACUA